AUGCAGGAGAGGUCAAUGGGGUCCCGCGAGGAGCCCUAUCCUAGAUUACAUUCGUCCGAUCAUCUUUCCCUAAUCGUUGUGAAAAACGGCAUGGGAACCGCUUUAGCUCCUACGAGGUACCUUAGAACGCUUCUCUAUGCAAACAUUCCGGUUCCCUCAGCAGUGUGUUCAUUGGUUUCGCCUGAACAGCGUUCUUUAGAGGAAACCCGUCAGCCCAGCGAAAAAACUCCCGUCCUGAUCAGUCCAUACGUCGCCUAUUCGGCUCCGACCAUCAAUGCAGUACCGAUUCAAGCAGUACUUGUACCCAUUGGAACGAUUCAGCUGAAGACCGAUGCAUCCACAUGUUUCGUCGGAUUCGGUCAGCAUUCGUUCCGCUUGGCUGAUGCUAGGUGUUAUCAGUACGAUGCCAUCAGCAAAGCGCAAAUGGCACCGUCCCCAUCUGUUCAAAUAGGAUGUUAA